CAACCAGUUGGGAAUAGGCUUCAACCCUAUUCCCAACCGGAUGGAUGGGUCAAAUAAGGUCAAACCCUAUUUACAGUCAGUUGACUUCCGGUCUAUCCCCAGUAUAGACUUCCUGCCAAUCCCCCCUGUUGACCGGAAGUGUUGCUAUAUAAAAGGCCAGCGUAAACGUGACCAUGGCAUUUUAUAUAGUAAUCAAUUAUCCUCUGGUCACUUUCACUAUCAUUUAUUUUAAAAAAAACAUGGAAGGAAAAUCAUUCACAAAUUUUACUGAAUUCAAGGAAUUUAUCAAGAAGCAUGAAGAGGAACAGCAUGUUUUGUUUGUUACUAGUGGUUCUAAAAAGCUUAUCAAUGGACAUCCAGCAAAAGAAUCCAUACAGUAUGAGUGGCUAAAAUUAGUAUGCAAACAAGGGAGAGCCACAAAACCAACAUCGAGUAAAGGCAUCCGGCCAAAUCAAAGGUCAUGGAAACAUGAUUGUGGUGCAGUGAUACGUGCUGUGAUAAGGCAUUCAGAUGUUACUGGCUACCAGUUUGUCAUCACAAAGGCAAUAUUGUCACAUGAGAAUCACCCCACAGAUCAUUUGACUGCACUUGUGUAUCCUGAAAAUAGAAGAAUAAAGCCUGAUGAAACCGUGGAUCUGAUGGUUGGCACCAAAAUACCGCAGUCAGAAUUGCGACAAAUCAUCUCGCAGAAACAGAACAAAUGUGUUCUUGGAAAGGAUGUGGAAAACUACAGGAGAAAACUGAAAGACCCCUGCACUGACAGUGAAGGAGUAGAGAAAAUUCUAAAUAGUAUAAAGGUUGGUGGUGGAAUGGUGAAGUAUGGUGUGACACCAGAAAAUGAAUUUUUGUAUUUGGCAUACAUGACCAAGGAAAUGAUAGGUUCACUUAAAGCCAACAAAACCAUAUUGAUAAUAGAUUGCACUUAUAAAGUCAAUGAGUAUUUAUUUCCAUUGUUGAAUGUUAUGUGUAUUGAUGCCAAUGGUAAUGGUGUACCUGUGUUGCAUGCUUUUGUAAGGAAUGAGAGUGUUGAAAUUUUGUCUGAAUGUUUGAGUGUAUUACAUGAUGUGUGUGUGGAGCCUCAAAUUUUUUUUGUAGAUAAAGAUUUUAGUGAAAUAGGUGCUAUCAAACAAUGUUUUCCUCAAUCUUUAAUUCGCCUAUGUUCAUUUCACACAAUGACAGCAGUAAAAAAGUAUUUAAAUACAAAUGUCUCAAAGGAAUUAUCCAAUAAAAUUUUUGAUCUAUUUAAAGAACAAUCUUAUACAUUGAGUGAAGAAGCAUUUGAGUUGUUAAAAGUUGACAUCAUUUCAGCAUGUCCCAGUGUUGAAAGCUACUUUCAAAAUAAUUGGUGGUCAAUUUCUGACAUGUGGGCAGCAUGUAGAAAUACAGAUGUUGCAUCUCUACAUAUCACAACUACAAAUCAUGUAGAAUCCUAUCAUUCAAGGAUAAAAAAGCACCUAGAUAGCCACACAACACUCUCAGUAUGUGUAACUAAGCUACUUUUGUUUGAUUCAGAUCUAUCUAAAAUAAAAUCAGCACAACACCACAUUCACAAAAUAACUAAACAUUAUUCUACACUACCAGACACACAUUUGCUUACUUUGUACAAGAAUAUAUUAACACCAUUUGGAGCAGAGUUAGUGGGCCAUCAGAUUUCUUUAUUUAAAAGAUGUAACUACAACAUAGUUCAAAAUGAUACUGACACAUCAUUUUUUUCUAUUUCUAAUACUUGUAAUUCUAAUGAUACCAAUUCAUAUGUGGUUAGCAUGGAUUCUUGCAAUUGUAUUUUCUUCACUAAAUUUUUAUUGCCUUGCAGACAUAUUCUUUCUUUGAGACAUAAACUUUCUUUAGAAAUGGUUUUUCUUCCUGAUGGGUGCCAUUUCCAAAAUAAAUCAUUUAGGGAUGAAGAAUUUGAGGACAUAUCAUCUAUCUCAACUAAUGUAAUUUAUCCAACCAUUAGUGCAAAGACAGCAGAAGGGCGAUUUAAAAUUGUUAAGGACCUGACAAAUGAACUAAACUGUCUGUAUCAGAAUAUGGGGGAACAACAUUUUUUAGUAAAGCUUGAACAGUUAAAGACAUUUAUUUAUCAUAUCAGGGCCAAUAAGGAAUUUGUUAUUACUAAUGUGUCUGAGGCCUUGGCUGAAACAAAUAUUAGUUUGAAUGGUGGGUGUGUUGAUGCAGAGUUUCUUCCAAUUGCCUCAACUUCUCAGGCCUUGGCUGAAACAAAUAUUAGUUUGAAUGGUGGGUGUGUUGAUGAAGAGUUUCUUCCAAUUGCCUCAACUUCUCAGGCCUUGGCUGAAACAAAUGUUAGUUUGAAUGGUGAGUGUGUUGGUGAAGAGUUUGUUCCAAUUAAUCGUGCUCAACCCUUUGUGGUUCAUAAUAGUGAAAACAAUCUGUCUGGUAGUGAUAUUGUUGACUCAUCUAAAGUUACAACUGAUACAUUUAGUAAUGUAAUGUUGAAAAAAGUAAAAACUAAAGGAAGACCUAAUAAUAAACAACACUUCACAAAGAAAAAAAGACUAGGUUUCCCUUACAGCUCGGUUAGUAAAAAACUUAAAACUGUUAGCAGUACUGAAAAAGAAGUUGUAGGUAAUGUUAAAUGUUCCAGUGCAAAUGAUGUGAAUGUUUUUGUUGAUAACCAUGUUGAAUGUUUAGAAAACAAACGUAAUGGUGAUGAAUGUGCUGAAUGUGGACUGGAAGAGGUUUCAAAAGAGAAUUGUAUAGAUGGGAAGUUGAUGAACUGGAUUGGUUGUAUGGUGUGUGAUAGGUGGUUUCAUGAGUUCUGUUUAUCAAGUAAUAUUUCUGUAGAUUCAUUUAUUUGUAAAUUUUGCAAUUAAAAUGUUAGAAGUGUUUUAAUACAUAUUAACAUUUAAGUCUAUUUGUUAAUUUAACUUUCACUUCAUAAGACCUAUCUUGAGCAUUAAAAGUGUAACAUAAUUCUACCUUUAAUAUAUAAAUGUACUAUUGUAUCAGUAAUACUACCAUUCAAUAAUGUGCUAUUUACUCACCAUAUAUUUGUUAUAAUGCACUUUUUUUAUCAAACACAUAUUAAAUUGCUUACAUAAGUUUAUAUAUUAAAUAUUGACUUUGAUAUUGUUUAGCUGAGUAUAUGUGUAAUAUAUUUUUAGCUGUAACAAUUAAAUGUAAUUUUGUAGAUAUUUUUUCUAUUAUUUUACCAGUUUUAUUUAUCAAUUCAUUUUGAUGCAUAUUACAUUGUUUACAUGUAUACUUAUAUACUGACUGAAAAUGUUAUGUAUUAUUAUAUGUUAUAUAUUUCUAGCAGUGAUAGUCGAACAUAAAAUUUCUUCUAUUACUUGCUUUAAUAAAUUAUGUCAUACAUAUGACCAAA